AUGCCAGAAGGACCGUCUGUGAGGAAAUUUCACCAUUUGGUGUCCCCCUUUGUGGGCCAGCAGGUGGUCAAGACAGGGGGCAGCAGUAAGAAGCUGCACCCUGCCAGCCUUCAGUCGCUGUGGCUCCAGGACACCCAGGUCCAUGGAAAGAAGCUGUUCCUUAGAUUUGAUCCAGAUGAAGAAACAGGGCCUCCUGGUGACGGUCCGUCGCUAGAGCCUCCCCAGAAAGGAGCGUGGAAGGAGGGCGCCGCAGACCCAAAGCCGAAGGCCCCUGAGGGACCCUCAGGGCCUGAGCAGCCUGUUGUUCCCUGUGGAGAGGACGCUCCGGGGCGUCUGGGGGCCGACCUCCCUGCAGAAGGAGCUGAGAGGUGGCUGCAGGUCAGCUUUGGCUUGUUCGGCAGCGUCUGGGUGAACGAGUUCUCCAGAGCUAAGAAAGCCAACAAGAGGGGUGACUGGAAGGACCCUUCCCCAAGGUUGGUCCUGCACUUUGGUGGCGGUGGCUUCCUGGCAUUCUAUAACUGCCAGAUGUCUUGGGGCUCGUCCCCCGUGGUCCAGCCCACCUGCGACAUCUUGUCUGAGAAGUUCCAUCGAGGCCAAGCCUUGGAAGCUCUGGGCCAGGCACAGCCCGUCUGCUAUACACUGUUGGACCAGAGAUACUUCUCGGGGCUAGGGAACAUCAUUAAGAACGAAGCCCUGUACAGAGCUGGGAUUCACCCCCUUUCUCUCGGCUCAGCCCUGAGCCCCUCCAGCCUGGAGGCCCUCGUGGAUUGCGUGGUGCAGUUCAGCACCGACUGGCUUCGGGACAAGUUCCAGGGCAGACAGCAGCACACACAGAUCUACCAGAAGGAGCAGUGCCCUGCCGGGCACCGAGUCACGAAGGAGGCGCUUGGGCCCCCCGGUGGGUUCCAGAGGUUCACCUGGUGGUGCCCGCAGUGCCAGCCCCGGUCGCCGCCCGAGGGGCCAGAGCAGUGCUAGCUCCCCUGAGGCACUUGGGGCCCUCUUCAGGGAACCUGGCCCUUCGGGGACCCUGAGGCCUGAGUGUCCAGGAGGGAGGGUGUGGCCAAGAAUUGGCGGGUCGGGGCGUCAGAGUUGUUGAGGUUCAUCUCCUGGAGUUAUGUGGAAAGCCGCGUUUUCGUGGCUUUAAAUUUCUACCUUUUCUGGUUCAGCUCAUUCUUCCAGUUUAAUGUCACUGUUGUGAAAGAACCCUAACAACAGGUCACGGAGACCUUCCAGGAGACAGUGUGCGGUGAAAAGGAAGGAAUGUGCCCUCAGGGCUUUGCAGGGGUGGGGCUUUGGUUUUGUUUUGGAAACUUUGGUUGGUUUUAAGGCCCUCCGUUUUGAGGCACAGGAAAACGGAACCUUCUUUCUGUGUUCCCUGGAGGGAUCCAGGGAUGAGGACAGAGUAGCCUGAGAGCUGCUGCUGUCACUCAGCCUCCUGCCUGGCUCCUUCCCCCUGGACACAGACCCCAGGAGAUGGGGGCGGAGGUGGGAAAGCAGCCCCCUUCCCGGCAUGCCCGUGGCCUUAGAGAAAAGCUACUUUUUUGCUCCUUAAGCCAACGUGUUGUUGACUGUUGAUAAGUUGAACAAUUCCCAAAUUGAGGGCUAGGGAGAGACACUCCCUCAGGUUGUUGGCAGCAGCUAGAUAAAGCCAGGUUGGGGCUUGAAAAUAAAACACUGUUAUUUUCUGUGGUCA